CCUUCACAAUCACUCCAUCAAACAAACCUUAAAACACACACACAACCCUCAUCCUCUCUCUUUAGUAGCAACUCAAACCCUAAAUCCUAAAAAUGGUUUCUUGGCUAUCAUCUCUCGUCAUUGCAGUGACAUUCACAAGCUUAUUCACCGGUCUAUCUGCUCGUCGCCAUCUUCUCCAAACAACACCAGCGACUCAACCACCAGUUACAACAACAUUCCCACCACUUCCCAAACCCACAAUGCCACCACCAAUGCCUUCUUCGCUUCCUCAGCCAACUCUUCCUCAACCAGCAGCGUUUCCACCAUUACCGAGCACACAGAUACCUUCUCUGCCUAACCCAACACAACCUAUUAAUAUCCCAAACUUUCCACAAAUCAGUAUCCCUAAUUUCCCAAUUAGCAUUCCAAACAACUUCCCCUUUAAUAUUCCCACUAGCAUUCCUACCAUUCCUUUCUUCACUCCACCACCUUCCAAGUGAGAAGCUAAGCUCUUUAAGUGUUGCCACACAACACAUUACCGUCUGUCUCACUCUCACACACACUUUGGUUGCACAUGUUUGUGAUGUUUCGUAUUCUGCUUCUUAUUCUUUUGCUGUUGUUUGAUGCUUUUCUUCUUGUUGUUGUUGUUUCUGGUAAUGAUUGCUUUGUAGUAUUAUAUAUAUCUUAAUAUUGUUCUAAAGAUUACAAGAUUUCUUCUGCUU